UCGUGAGGAAAAUAAUAAGAAUGUAAAUUAAUAAUUUACAAGGUAAAUAUGAAAAUAUAGGCCCAAACUGUUAAUGGGCUUUUAAACCCAAUAUAACUAUUUCUGUAGAUUUUCUGGUAUAGCUCGUUUUAGAGUAUUUAAUUGCGAUACAAGUUACACAGCUUUUAUAACCAUAACCAUGGAAACGUCACCAAGUAUCUUCCUCCGUCCGUUUGAUCUCUCAGACGCCGAAGACGUUCUUAAAUGGGCCGGUGAUGAUGACGUCACACGUUACCUUCGAUGGACCUCCGUUAAAACCGUGGAAGAAGCCCGACAACACAUCCUUCAAACGGCCAUACCACACCCGUGGCGCCGUUCCAUUUGUCUUCUCAAAGACGGCCGUUCGAUAGGUUGCGUCUCCGUCAGGCCUGAUACUGGCGAUGGUAGGUGCCGAGCUGACCUUGGAUACGCCGUCUCUAGACAGUUUUGGGGACGGGGGAUAGCCACGGCGGCGGUGAGGAUGGCCGUGGAACAAGCUUUUGAGAUUUUUCCGGACGUGGUGAGGCUACAAGCGGUGGUUGAGGUGGAGAAUGAAGCGUCUCGGAAAGUUUUGGAGAAAGCUGGGUUUGAAAAGGAGGGUUUGCUUAAAAAGUAUGGUUUUUGCAAAGGAGGUAUUAGAGAUAUGUUUUUGUAUAGUUUUGUUAAGGUCCUUAAGGAGGAAAUGGGAGAAAUAGGGAAGUAAUAAUGUUAUAAUAUCAGGCUCUUACCGAAAUGGUAGAGAAGAAAAAAUGUUUUGAAAAAAUGUUUACGGUAACGAGUGAUGGUGCCGUAACUACUAUAUAUGAAUUCCUAUUUUAAUUGUGUUUGGCCCUGUAACUAAAGCCUAAUGACUUGAAAA